GUUUUUUUGCUGUCGGGGAAGACGGAACGAAGAACUGUCGCACUGCAUGAUGGCGCUGCUCUUAAAUUCUAGGCUUCUACUAAGAAAAGUUAAAGAUUUAAGGUGUUUAACGCCAAGAAGAAACCGAGUGAAGGAAAAAUGGGCUGUCACACGUACCAAGCACCCUCCCACCAGUCUGGCCCUGCAGCACUUUGACGCCACCUACAGCGUCCAGCUGGGGCAGCUGUGGCCAUCAGUCCGCGCUGCCUUGCUGUCCGAGAGGAAAUACGGAGCCCUGCUCAAUCAUUUCUCCCACGAUGCUGUUCUGGCAGACCUCGAAGCCCAGGGAUGCAGGGACUUCCUCGGUGACACAGCUACAAAAACUCAGCCAUGCUUGGAGCAAAAACCUGAGGUUGCAACCGAGGAGGAAUCCGUUUCUAUGAAGAAAUGUGACAGCGAUAGUGAGCAGCUACCUCCUCUACAGCUCAGUCCUAACAUCAAGUGUCUAGUGUUUCCUAGAGGGGAUAUCACAAGAUUCAAGCCUGCUAGACCAGACAUGUGUGGCUUGUUGGGUUACUAUCUGAUGGACGCAGCGUCUGUGUUGCCGUGUCUAGCCGUCCAAGAAGGACACAAUGUGCUCGACCUGUGUGCCGCUCCCGGAGGCAAGACCCUGGCUUUACUUCAGAGCCAGGCUAUAGGUUUUUUGUGCGUAAACGACGCCUCGGUGUCUCGGACGCUGCGGCUGAGGAAAGUCCUCCACAGCUACGUCCCUAAGCCGCUUUUGACGGACGAGAAGCUGCGCAUCACCUCUUUUGAUGGCACCAAGUGGGAAAUCGAAAGGAACACAUUCGACAGAGUCCUUGUUGACGUCCCCUGCAGCACAGACAGACAUUCACUCAUGGAGGACGACAACAAUGUAUUCAGUAAGAGCAGGACCGGUGAGAGACGGAAGCUGCCAGAGCUGCAGCUGGAGCUGCUGCUGGCGGGAAUCGAAGCAGCUUGUCCAGGUGGGGAGAUCCUUUACUCCACCUGCACACUCUCUCAAAUCCAGAACCUGGGUGUGGUGGAACAGGCCGUCUACUUGGCUCGAGAGAACCGCGGCAUCCAGCUUCAAGUUGUCGAUCUGCGACCCCUCACACACAUGUUUAGGAAAACCUUUCACUUUGCGCCCGACCUCCCCCUGGGUGAGAUGGUCAUCCCCCACUUAGCCGCUAACUUUGGCCCCAUCUACAUGUGCAAGCUGCGGCGGCUCACAUAGACGGUGGACCGGUGCUGAAGCUUGUGGACAUUUGAACGACCGCGUUGCAGCUUUCAUGGACUAACGAGAUGACCCUCUCUCAACCGUAGCUGUUGGAGCACAGCUGAAGGAGAACUUUUAAUCGCCGUGGUGGAGUGCCGAAUCACUGGACAGAAAACACAAAGAAUCCAGUUCAAGGACCUGGACCGUGAUGUUAUUGGAGACGUAUCACCAUGGUAUUUUGUGGAGGCCAACCCACCUCCGCAAAAAAUAUCAAACUCCAACUGUUUCCUUAAUGCUUUUUCUUUAAAGGUCCCAUGGCAUGAAAAUUUCACUUUUAUGAGUUUUUUUUAACAUUAAUAUGCAUUCCCUGAGCCUGCCUAUGGUCCCCCAGUGGCUAGAAAUGGCGAUAGGUGU